ACGCCCGACUGGCGUAUUCUGGCGAAAUCGAGGGGACUCGUCGAGACCUCGAGGGUUUCCAGUCCUUCUCUCUCGCGCCACUCGCCGCCGGCGACUGACCGGACACUGCACACCAGGCCUCCCACCCACAGGUGGAAGUCGUCUUUCGUCGCGUCGGCGUCGGCGUCGGCGUCGGCGUCUCGCUCCUCCGCUUCCCCGCCCCACGCCCGCUGCUGGCACUGGGCUGGCGUGGGGGAGGAGAUCCGUCCGGACUCGGGGUCGAUUCCUUCUUCUGUCGGUGACUAGCCCAAGCUUGCUCGUAAUCGAUUCCGUGUGCUGUAGGAGGUGACCCGCUCUCCGCUGCGACUGUGAGGAAUCGAAUUGGGGUCCCAUUCAGUCAGUUGCGGGUUCGUGUGCUGCGCGCAACCCUACUAGUGUAUUCCACCCAUCCGUAGUUCGAUUAGGUUCUUCUUAUUUAGCGGUUAUGAUCAAUUUAGCCAGUAUUUGGCUGAAAUUUAUUAGUUCCAAGAAUUUUAGGGGCUCAACUGAACCCCCGUGCCCUAAGUCCGUCCCUGGUUACAGGGGUUCGAUUUCAGGGGCUGUUUCUUUACUCUUUGAGUUCUAGUGGUUUACUUAAGGGCUAGUAGGGAUGAUUGCUGCUAUAUUGUUAGCUACUAUGGUGAAUCCUGCUGGUAAUGAUACCACUGUUUGGACUUUCGAUGCUCGGAACAGGUAGGUUGCUGGUGCCUUAUCUUGGGCAAUUGCUUGUCUAGUUAUCUUGUCAGAAGCAUUAUAUAUUUGGAAUGGUAUAGAGGCAUGCUGAUCUGGCCAAUGUAGUAUUCUGUUUUGCCAAUUGUGGCAUUUAGCAGUUUUUGCGCUCUAGCACUGGUAAUUGUACAUGAGAUUGAUUGCCCGAUUGGAAGUCUUUUACUUUGCACUUGCCCUAUUUUUUGUGAGAUGUCUCUAGCUUAACGUGGACAGUGAUAUCAUACUGCAAAUGUGCAACUAGAAAUCUGUUGAUAAAAUUGUCUUCUGGAAUUUUCUUCUUUAACUCCAUUUUUCACUCCAAAUGAUGUACUAUGCAUGCCUUGUGUAACCCUCUAAUUCCCAAAGGAAAAAGAAAAAAACAGUGCUGAAACUUCUAUGCUAUUCUGGUAAUUGAGCAAGGAUCAAGCUACUAUUUGGUUAUGACAUGAAUUAUUCAAAACUUUUAGUUGCUGGAUGUUGGAGCCAAUUUCAGGGCCUGUGAGUCAAACUUUAUCACUGCUUAGUUCACAUCUUGGAUCUGCUAGGUCUUAUAUCACACAAGAAUUCUGUCUACUAACAUAGAGAUGUUAUGGACUCAUGCUUUGGCUCCUUUUUACCCUGCUUUACCCUAUAAAUCUUAGCUCUGUUAAUUUCUUUGGAACAUGCCAAAAAAGUUGUAUCAACCACGGGCAUAAUCCUUCUUUUGGUGUGCUCCAUAUUACCCGGAACAUCCACCUUGCUCUGUGUGGAACCAAUGAAAGGGUGCUGUCAAUGUAGUGUAAUUUGCGAAAGCUACACUACUUUACACAUAACAUAUAAUUUUUCUAUUGCAAAAAAUGAGAAAGAAAACUAAUGCCGCAACGCCGCUUAAAUUGUACCAUUGUGAUACUAUGUCAGGAAGACGUGUCGAUCGGACUAAGCUAUAUGUCCAUAAGAUGGUGAAGAUGCACUUUGUGUAGAUCAAGCUCCAAUCUGAUGGACUCUGAUGACAAGAAGUUUGGAAAAGGGCCUAGGGAGCUCACUGGUGCUGUUGAUUUAAUCAGCCACUACAAACUGCUUGGGCACCAUGAUUUCUUUUGCAAGAGGCCUUUGCCACUGGCAAUCUCAGAUACACAUUACCUUCACAAUGUUGUGGGAGACACUGAAAUUCGUAAAGGGGAAGGAAUGGAGCUAGAUCAACUAGUUCAGAAUGCGUAUUUGAGGGAUAAGCCUGCUUAUAUUCAGCCCUUUGAUAUGGAAACACUGGGGCAAGCAUUCCAACUUCGAGAAACAGCUCCAGUAGAUUUGCCCUCUGCUGAAAAAGGUGCACCGACUAUUUCGGGUAAACCGAAAAGUGAGUCCAAGGACAAAGAGAAGAAACAUAAAAAGCACAAAGACAAAGACAGGGAAAAAGACAAGGAACAUAAGAAGCACAAACAUCGGCAUAAGGAUCGGAGUAAGGACAAGGAUAAAGACAAAGACAAAGAUAAGAAAAAAGAUAAAAGCGGGCAUCAUGAUUCUGGUGGCGACCAUUCAAAGAAACAUCAUGAGAAGAAGCGAAAGCAUGAGGGAAUGGAGGAUUCUGUGGAUGUGCAUAAGCACAAGAAGAGUAAGCACAAGACUUCCAAAACUGAUGAGAUGGGGAACGGACUUAGUUAACUACACUUUCCUUUUUCUAUUUGUCAAUCCAUGUGAUAUGCUGUUAAAAGGAGACUCGGAAGGUUUCUGUCAUCAAAACCCAGUUCAGAUUAGCGAUAUCAUGAAUCGAAGCUGUUUGAUAAGAACAUGAUGAUGGUGUCGUGUUGUAGCUUACAUCCUGGGAGAAAUUGAAUUUGUAAUAGGGAACUAAACCAAUGUAGGGGGACUGAUCGAAUGUGCCUUGCAACAUUUUUGUUAUUCCAUGGCCAAUUGGUUGUAGGAACAUUUGAAAGGACAUGCGAUGAGAUUGUUUCUAUUGCUAGGGCUAGUGCAGUAUUUCAAGUUAGGCUUCUGAUGUAGCAUGAGUACAUUGAGUAGCAGCUAGUGGACGGAUAUAGUGUAUAUGGUCUAGAGAUUGUAGUUCCCGGCGGGGAAUCGAAACAUAAGCCGUGUUCCUCAUGCCGAUGAUAAUUCACAGGCAGUAGUGUGAUUUGCUGUUUAACCA